AUGGCUCUUCCUCUUACUGGCAAGCUUGCCAUUGUCACUGGUGCUUCUCGGGGCAUUGGCCUGUCCAUUACCAAAGCCCUUGCUGCCCGAGGCGCAAACCUCGUCCUCGCCUACACAUCAGCCAGCUCUGCUGAUUCAACAGCUAAGCUUGCUUCUGAGCUGUCCUCCAAGCAUUCUAUCAAGGUCGUUCCCGUGCAAGCAGACCUCGGCACAGUGUCAGGUCCUGCUUCGCUCAUUUCUCAAGCUGCCGAUGCCUUCAGCCCCCUGCGCAUCGACAUCCUCGUCAACAAUGCGGGUGUUGCUUACAAUGACAAGGUCCCUGACAUCAAGCCUGAGGACUUCACAAAGAGCUACAACGUCAACGUACUUGGCCCUCUUCUUCUCGUCCAGGCCGCACACCCUUACCUACCCACAGACCGCUCCGGCCGUAUCAUCAACCUUAGCAGUGUAAGCGCAAGUCUCGGUUUUGUUGGCCAGAGUGUCUACGGCGGCACCAAGGCUGCUCUCGAGGCUAUGACACGAACUUGGGCUCGUGAGUUCAGCGAGAGAGCUACCGUCAACGCCAUCAAUCCUGGUCCCGUCCGCUCUGAGAUGUACUCCCGCAACUCAGACGAGUUCAAACGCCUCAUCAAGCCUUUCAUCCAGAAUGCGCCUCUCAUGGCUGCUCGUCCUGGCAUUGACGAUCCCGAGGUCGUCGAGGAGGCCAAGACUGCCGGCGGCCGAGCAGGUGAAGCUGAUGAGAUUGCUGGCAUCGUCGCUAUGCUUGCUAGCCCUGAGAGUGCUUGGUGCACUGGUCAAGUCAUUUGCGCCAACGGCGGUAUGAUCUUUGACUCCUCUGAUCCCUUCGAGGAUGUCCUCAACCUCGAAGAGCGAUUUUACUCAGAAGGCUACCAACAAGGCAUCAAAGACGGCGUUCAGGCUGGUCGGAUUGAAGGACGAUCUUUUGGUAUGCAAAAGGGCUUUGAGAAGUUCCUCGAAAGUGGCCGUCUUGCCAGUAAAGCUAUCGUAUGGGCGAACCGAAUACCACGCAACGGCGGUACUACCUCAGGAGAGGCUUGCACAUUACCACCACUACCCAAGAAUGCAAGACUGGAGAAGAACAUCAACACUCUGUAUGCUCUCGUAGAGCCAGAUACACUUUCGACGGAGAACUCGGAUGAUGCGGUUCAAGAUUUCGAUGACCGGGUGAAACGGGCACAAGGAAAGGCCAAGAUUGUCGAAAAGAUGGCUGGCAGUGGUGGAAGAGAGACAUCAGGAGCAUCACCAGCAGCCUGA